AUGUAUGACAUAUUUGGCCUCGCGGGUAACAUUGUUUGGAUGGAUCUUCACAUGGACAAGGAAGGAAAAAGCAAGGGUGUCUGUAUUCUCCAAUACUCACAUCCCAUUGAAGCAGUGCAAGCCAUUUCAAUGUUCAACGGACAGAAACUUUACGAUCGUGUUUUGUUCCAGAGUGAACCUACUCGUGAGGGUGCUCUUCCGCGCGGACUUGAGGCUAUUGGUGCUGGACUGGGUGCGAAUGGAGCACCGCUCACAGAUGUUGCUUCCGUGGUCGCAUCUCUUCGUGGAGACGGAGGAAUGGCUCCUAUUGCUAGCGCUCCGGCGUCCAGUCAGUUCUCGGCGUUUGGAAUGGGAACUGGUGGGCUGUCCAGCAAUGCUGCUUUCCAGUCGUCUUACGCGUCGCAUAUUGCUAAUGGUCAGAGCCUUGGAGGAUUAGGUGGAUCUUUCUCAUCUCUGGGUGCAUUCGACGCAAGAAGAGAUGAUUCCUUUAUUGGCGCCGACUCACGUAGAGAUGAUCAGUUUGGCAUGAACUACAGCGUCAGCCGUGUUGUUAUUAUUAGAAAUCUACCACCGGAUUACACAUGGCAAAUCGUACGUGAUCGAGUCCAACAAUUCGGAGAUGCAGAGUCUGUUGAGAUGAUUGCACCUGGAGUUGCUCGUAUUCGCUUCGCUCUCAUCCAGGAUGCUGAACGCAUGCGCGGAGCGCUGACUGGAACAACCGUGGAGGGCCGCACGAUUUCCGUGGAGUACAUGCAUUAA